UGUGGCCCCGCCAGUUGCGCGCGCUACGUGGUGGGGCGUCACGCUGACAAGGCGAGGAGGAGGAGAGGGGAGCGGCGAAGGAGGUGGAGGCGACUACCGCUAGACGGCUGGACGGGGGGAAGGGGGGAAAAGGGAGUGAGGUUGGGGUGAAGACGAUCGAGAGGACGCAUAUGGUGCAGCAAGGAACCCAUCUAUGAGAGUGAUUGAUCAGCGUAGCUUGUAAAACCGAACCUUCACGCCGUUCACGAGGCAGCGGGAGCCAUGGCCUGUAUUGCGAUGUCAUUGGGAAGGACCUCGUCCUGUACAUCUUUAACCGAUCAAGAAUCCUCUGCUCACUGUCGUACAGGAAGCAGUACUUCCGAUCGUAGUGCCAAUCAAGUGACAACAGAGAACACUUCUGAACAUAUCGGCACUGCGAUCACUGAUCUGCCUGAGGGAUUGCUUAGUGAGGUGUUCGGGAUACUGCACGGGCCAAUGGAAGUAUGCCGUGUGGCAACAGUCUGCUUGUUGUUUGCUCGAGCUGCGCGAUCUGAUCUGACAUGGCGGCGGCUGAUGCCACUUGGCGCCACCCAAAUCGCUGAGUCUAAUCUUCUCCCGCUAGCCGCCACCAUAGUUCGUAGCAAGAACGACGAACGAGAAGAUAGUGAUGACCACAACAGAAAGAACUUGACGGAUAGCUGGCGGGCCCAUUACCAGCGACUGAGCGAGGGGAUAUUCGAUAUUAACUGUCCAUUUGUCCAUUACAAAAUAGAUCGGGCGCUUGGUGACCUUUGGAUGAGCUUCUCUGUUAUGGCGAUGAAUAUCAUCUUCCGCAUGGAAGGUAGUGGGCGGUACUCCCGCCAUUCACCCCUGCAGUUCAGAUCGCCGAGUAAUACUAGCUUCUUCAGCGAAGGGGUGUUGCUUGAGCCAUUAAAAGACGAUGGAUUCGAAGUAAGCGGUCAAUGGAGCGUCAGUUUGUGUCCGGGAAGCAGUCGACAAAUGCUCAGGCAAAGAGAUAACCAAAUGACAUUGAUGUCCACAGUGCAAUUGGAGGGAGGGGUAAUGAUGAAGCAUGAGGUUAACAUUGAGAGAUGGCAUAGGAGACAGCAGGGAGGACAGCGGCAAGAACCUGUGGUCCGUCUUUGUCCUUGUCGUCACAACUGUUCGGUCGACUCACGGGCACCGUCAUUGCCACAAGCGCUCAAUGGUUGCUGCCACAAUGGGUCAGCUGUGGCACAGUCAGCGUCGGCCUCAGCCUCCACGUGCCCGUCAUGGACUGUUGUCACGGCUGGAAGCUUCCACGUGCCUUGUCGUGAGGUGGAGCCUAAUCCUGCUGUCGACCGUGAUUCCGAUUGGUUGGGCUGGGACGCUAGCAAGCAUUCAUGUGACAGGGGAUCCAUCGGUGAUGGUUUGGUUGCCACCACUAUUCAUUUUUGUUUGGCAAACAUUAAGAAUGGGCUCUUUGUUGAUGCCUUUAUGAUCCUCUCUGGCACAUCUGUGGAAGGGAGGGAGGAGGAGGGAAUGGAGAAAGAGGGGGGAGAAGAAGUUUUAGAUGAUUAUUAUGAUGGCAGUGCUGGUCCUGAAGAGGACGUGACUGUCGCAGGACAACGGGAGCUGAGGCUGAUUUCGCCAAUGGGGUGGCAUGAUCCAGGUGGUGACAGCAGUGGCUGGCCAGGGCAGGCGAGCACAGCGCUGAUGGUGAGGAUGGAGCUGCGUGCAGAGCCAGGUGCUGGUCAAAAGGAACUGGGAACUAAGCGUAACAGUGCGGCACACACUGCUAUUGCUGUCGACCCGGAACUCAGGGCAGUGGUAGUGAUGGAGUCAGCCAUGGAAGAAACAGGGGUUGGCAAAGAGAUGCGACUCCAGAUGUCAGCUGUCCCAGUGGAACAGCCGGCAAGCAGGAGGAGAGAUCAGGGGCAAGCUGUGCAAAAGAAGGUGAAUGUCUCGGGCCCGACUAGGAUUCAGAAGGUUGUUCAUGUUCAAGCAGCAGAUGAUGGCAUUACGACCGAGGAUUCUUAUCUGGCACGAUCAGCAAGAGCAUUCCGUCCAGUCAUUCGCUGGGACGCAGAUGUGUUCGAGUACCUGUGCAGUGUUCUUGGCAGCGAGAAGAUGAAACUCAUCUCGCAGGCAUUGUGCAGACCGCCUCUCGAUUCGACAGCACGCGUCAACACCUUGUCGAUGACAGCAGACGAAGCAUUGUCAGAGAUGUGUGCAAAACUGGCGCUUCGCCCUUGCAGAAUGUCCAACCAGGGCCUGAGCCAGUCUGGAGAUGAGAGGGAAUUACGUGGCCUUCUUACAUCUAGCUGUAUAUUAUCGCAAAGAGCCGAUCUGUCCGAGGCUGACGUGGAAGGAGGAGCUCGUUCGCCGUCUGUUCUUGACGUUGCAAACAUUCACACGGGGUUUGAAAAUGGGCUUGCGUCCAAUCUGUCAGCGCCUGACCUGAAAGAAGUGGGAACUACUGUGACAGAGACCUCUUCGAUCCGCGAUCUCAAGGACUGUCAGAAUCCGUCAAUAGCUCCCGCUCCUUCUAGGUCAGACCCUGACAUAAUUUUUGUGAGCUACUGUGACAGAGAUCUCAAGGACCCUGGGAUAUCUGAAAACGGGUGCGGAAAAGAACUGCCUGCGAUCAGGAUGGGGCCUGAGCUGUCAGUCAGAACUUUGACGGGCAAUGAAGUUGCCUCUGUUUCUGCUUUUAUGUUAUCAAAGGCUCCGAGCAGCAAUCACAGUUGUCGCACUGAGAUGCAAACUCCGUUGCCGCUGCUGCAGAGUGACCUGAAAGGAGAAAGAGUUUAUCAGUCCACGCCUUGUCAGGGAAAUGGUACUGGUGUUAGCAAAAACGCCAUGGCUGCGUGCGUUCUUAAGAGGAGAAAUGGGGAGAGCGCUCCUCCUCUGCAUUGUUUUACCCAUCCUGUCGUACGGAAUGUUAUCGUCCUCCGUGGAUCCGGCCCUCAUGUUAUUGAUUACUCGAAGAAUGAGCAGAGUGACUGUCAAGUGGAGAAGAAAGGAGACGAGGGGCUACUUCCAGAGGUUGUCGUGAGCCGCAAAUGUGCCGAGGCUGUGAUGCGCGGUGCCAAUGUGUUUGUGCCAGGUGUGAUGGGUUGCAGCCGCCAUAUAGAAGCGGGUGAUCUCGUAGCCGUCUCUGCGGCUGUGGAACAUCAGCAAGAUGAUGGCAGAUGGAUUGCGGGUGUCACCCGUGGCAUGACUGUUGGCUCGGACCAUGAGAACUCUAGCGGUCUAUCUGCAGACUUACGUAAGGAUUGGUUCAUCGGAAUUGGAAGGGCGAUGAUGAGCAGGGUCAGUAUGUUUCGAGAGUCGCGAGGAGUUGCCGUGGAGAUGACUGAACGUGUCUUCAAUAUCCCGCCGCUGCAAGGAUUGAUGCCCGGAAUCCUUUUCCCUCAGAACCUGCCCUCUGUGAUUGCUGCCCAUGUCUUGGGUGCACAGCCCGGGGAGCGGGUACUGGACAUGUGUGCAGCGCCAGGUGGCAAGACUACAGCCAUUGCAGUCAUGAUGCAAAAUGAGGGAGAUGUGAUUGCCCUGGACCGAUCUCAGAACAAGGUCCAGGACAUCCAACGGCUCGCAAAAGAGAUGGGGAUCACAAUAAUCCGUGCCUUUGCCAUGGACUCCAGCAGAUCUUGUCUCCACCUCCCUCACACUUCCAGCUCAUCAAGUGCCUCCUCCCUUGGGAGUGUAACCGCCUCUUCUACCAUGACUCUUGUAUCAUCGUCUUCAUCAUUGAAUGGCACAACCCGCUGUAACUGCUCCUCUGCAUGCGGUUGCACCACCUUAUCUACCUCAAGCCGCAGUGUGUUCUCAGAGUUCCUCCCCUUGGAUGCAGCGGACCUUCAUAUGAAACAUGCACCUGCUACAAUCAAUCAUGCUAUAUUAACAUCCUCCUCCUCCUCCUCCUCCUCCUUGUCGUACUCCUCUUCCUCCUCUUCCUCCUCUUCGUCCUCUUCGUCCGCAUGCUUCUCUUUCUCCUCAACCUGUUCAGAUGAUGUUUGCAUCAAGCAAGACAGAAAGCCUGAUCACAAGAGUGACGCAAUACGAUCCGUACCUACAUGCUCAUCCAUAUUGCCUCCCUCUACCACGUGCUCUUCGUCAUCCUCUAUAGAAUGUCAUUGGGUAAAAGGAGAGGGUAAUCCUUGCAGCAUUAAGCUUGAUAUGGUCAAGACGUUGGAGAGGGCAGAAGGGGAGGAAUACAAAACGAAAGAUUCUCUCAAGGGGGCUACAAAUCUUCAGAAUGGUGAAAAGAAGGGAAGACUGAGGCGUGACGAUCCUGGGAAAGGGAAAAAUGGACCAGGAAAGAAUAACUCUGUGCUGCAGAAGGACAAGGGACGACAGGUCAAGGGUUUCCCGCCCUCGAGUUUUGAUAGGAUCCUCUUAGAUCCCCCAUGCUCUGCGCUUGGGCUUCGGCCUCGCCUUUUUGCAGCAGACGCGACCAUGGAAACUCUGUGCAAACACUCUUUAUACCAGAAAAAGUUUAUGGACCAAGCGGUUGCCCUCGUCAAACCAAACGGCGUGAUAGUUUACUCCACAUGCACCAUCAAUCCGAUGGAAAACGAAGCAAUUGUCAGAUACGCUCUCGACAAGUACCCGUUCUUGUCCCUGCUUCCUGAGGAACCCAGGCUGGGAGGUCCUGGACUUGUCGGACAAAUUGACUGUGAUGGGAUCCGUUCCCAAGAAUUGCUCAGGGUGGGUGAAGAGAGUCUCGUUCAGCGCUUUGACCCAAGUGGUCCCCUCGACACCAUUGGUUUCUUUAUCGCCAAGUUUCAAGUGGGUCCGAGGAAGGAACUUCUCCUUUCUUCCCAGUGAUUCGCUUGUUGGAAUGUAUCACUUCAUCAUCAUGAAUGACAUCGUCUAGAAUGUAUAUAAUUGUUUGUUUUGUGUCCACCCCUGCUGCAGUAAUAUGCAACCCGGAAA